AUGCCUCUACCUUUUGGGUUAAAAUUGAAACGAACUCGACGUUACACAGUAUCCAGCAAGAGUUGCUUGGUGGCUCGUAUCCAGCUGCUCAACAAUGAGUUUGUGGAGUUCACGUUGUCGGUGGAAAGCACAGGCCAGGAAAGUCUGGAAGCAGUGGCUCAGAGGCUUGAAUUGCGGGAGAUUACGUAUUUCAGUCUGUGGUAUUAUAAUAAGCAGAAUCAGCGCAGAUGGGUAGAUUUGGACAAACCUCUGAAAAAACAGCUGGACAAAUACGCCUUGGAGCCAACUGUGUAUUUUGGAGUGGUGUUCUAUGUGCCUACUGUUUCUCAGCUUCAGCAGUAGAUUACCAGGUAUCAGUAUUAUUUGCAAUUAAAGAAAGAUAUCUUGGAGGGCAACAUUCCUUGCACCCUGGAACAAGCGAUACAUCUGGCUGGUUUAGCUGUUCAGGCUGAUUUUGGAGACUAUGAUCAGUAUGAAUCUCAGGAGUUUCUACAAAGAUUUGCUUUGUUUCCAGUGGGUUGGCUACAAGAGGAAAAAAUAUUGGAAGAAGCGACACAGAAAGUUGCCUUGCUACAUCAGAAGUACAGAGGCCUUACUCCUCCUGAUGCAGAGAUGUUAUAUAUGCAAGAAGUAGAGAGAAUGGAGGGCUAUGGUGAAGAGACCUAUCCUGCAAAGGACAGCCAAGGAAGUGACAUAUUCAUUGGAGCAUGUCUUGAUGGUAUCUUUGUGAAACACAAAAAUGGUCGUCCUCCAGUUGUAUUUAGGUGGCAUGAUAUUGCCAACAUGUCCCAUAACAAAUCCUUUUUCGCAUUAGAGCUGGCAAACAAAGAAGAGACAAUCCAAUUCCAAACUGAAGAUAUGGAAACAGCAAAAUAUGUGUGGAGAAUGUGUGUGGCUAGACACAAAUUUUACAGACUAAAUAAAUGCAGCCUACAAACCCAGCCUGUUACAGUGAAUCCUGUUAGAAGGCGGUCUUCAUCCAGGAUGUCUAUGCCCAAGCCUCAGCCUUAUAUGAUGCCUCCACCACCUCAGCUGCAUUACAAUGGUCAUUAUACUGAACCAUAUGCAUCCUCCCAAGAUAACCUCUUUGUGAGCAAUCAGAAUGGAUACUACUGUCACUCUCAGACUAGCUUGGAUAGAGCCCCUCAUGACUACAGUGGUCGGAUCCGCAAUGGUAGUGUCUAUAGUGCACAUAGCACAAACUCCUUGAAUAAUCCACAACAUUACUUGCAGCCGUCCCCCAUGUCCUCUAACCCAAGCAUUACUGGAAGCGAUGUCCUCAGAACUGAUUAUGUCCCAUCACACAGACACAGUGCACUAAUACCACCCUCUUAUCGUCCCACACCAGACUAUGAAACUGUGAUGAGACAGCUGAACAGGGGAAUGGUGCACACAGAUAGGCAGAGUCAUUCAAUGAGAAAUCUUAACAUCAGCAAUUCAUACGCUUACAGCAGGCCCGAUGCCUUAGUUUACAGUCAACCUGAAAUACGAGAACAUGCUCACUUCACUUCCCCACAAUCUAAUCAUUAUCCAUUUAACCUGAACUACAGUUUUCAUAGCCAAUCCCCCUAUCCCUAUCCUGUUGAAAAGCGCCCAGUUGUUGGGGCAGUCAGCGUGCCUGAGCUGACAAAUGUGCAGCUCCAGGCUCAGGACUAUCCAGCACCAAAUAUAAUGAAGACCCAAGUUUAUCGACCACCUCCCCCGUACCCGUAUCCAAGACCUGCAAAUAGUACUCCAGACCUUUCACGACAUAUCUAUAUUAGCAGCAGCAAUCCAGAUCUUAUCACAAGACGAGUGCACCAUUCUGUCCAGACAUUUCAGGAAGAUAGCCUGCCUGUGGCACAUUCUCUUCAGGAAGUCAGUGAACCUCUAACAUCGGCACGCCAUGCUCAGCUGCAGAAAAGGAACAGUAUUGAAAUAGCAGGCUUGACUCCCAGCUUUGAAGGAAUAAGAAUUAAAGAGAGGACCAUGUCAGCUUCUGCGGCAGAUGUGGCUCUUCCAAGAGUUAUCUCAGAAGGGUCACAGCCCAACAUUCUGAUGGAGAGAACAAAGCAAAAAGAAAGUGAGCAAGAAGAAAGUGUGAACUGUGAUCAUAAGAAAACCCUUUCAGAUGCCACUAUGCUGAUUCACAGUAGUGAGGAAGAAGAAUUUGAAGAAGAAAACAAGGCUAGUACAAGUCUUUCUCCUCUCCCUGAAGAUCAAACCCAACUUUCAUCUGUUAUGGGUGGUUAUUCUCAUGAUUCAUUACUGAACUACCCUUAUAGCUCUGUUGCUUCAUCUGCUGGCCCUUUGCAUAUUCUUGAGCCUAAAUUACAUAUUACAGAGACAGAAAAGAGAAUGAAAGAUAUGAGUCCUGUUCAUUUACUAGUAGAAAGCCAGGUACAGAGAAGAGGGGAAGGACUGCUUACUCCAUCUAUGUCAGAAUCUGAUCUUACAACAUCAGGGAGAUACAGAGUAAGGAAAGAUUCAGUAAAGAAGAGACCUGUGUCCGAUCUUUUGUCUGGGAAGAAGAAUAUUGUGGAAGGCCUUCCCCCACUAGGUGGUAUGAAAAAGAAUAAAAAUGAUGCAAAAAAAAUAGGGCCUCUAAAGCUAGCUGCCCUAAAUGGACUAGCUUUGACUAGAAUGCCUCUGCCAGAUGAGGGGAGGGAAGAAUCAACAAGAGCAACAAAUGAUGAACGGUGUAAAGUUCUGGAACAACGGUUAGAGCAGGGGAUGGUGUUUACUGAAUAUGAGCGCAUUCAGAAAAAAAGACUUAUUGAUGGUGAGUGCUCAAUAGCUCGGCUUCCUGAAAAUGCUGAAAGAAACCGGUUCCAGGAUGUCCUUCCUUAUGAUGAUACCAGAGUAGAGCUAGUCCCAACCAAAGAAAAUAACACGGGUUACAUCAAUGCAUCUCAUAUUAAGAUCUCUGUUGGCGGCAUAGAAUGGGAUUACAUUGCUACGCAGGGCCCUUUGCAGAAUACAUGUCAGGAUUUCUGGCAGAUGAUCUGGGAACAAGGGAUUGCCAUCAUAGCCAUGGUGACAGCAGAGGAAGAAAGUGGGCGAGAAAAAAGCUUCAGAUACUGGCCGCGUCUUGGUUCAAGACACAACACUGUAACAUAUGGAAGAUUUAAGAUUACCACACGAUUCCGUACUGACUCAGGCUGCUAUGCAACUACAGGUUUGAAGAUUAAACAUCUUCUCACAGGACAGGAGAGAACAGUUUGGCAUCUGCAGUAUACUGACUGGCCAGAGCAUGGCUGUCCAGAGGAUUUAAAGGGAUUUCUCUCAUACUUGGAAGAGAUACAGUCAGUGCGGCGCCACACGAACAGCACUGCGGAUCCUAAAAACUCUAAUCCUCCUGUACUGGUACAUUGCAGUGCAGGUGUAGGACGGACAGGAGUGGUCAUACUGUCAGAGAUCAUGAUCGCUUGCUUGGAACACAAUGAGAUGCUGGACAUCCCACGGGUGCUGGACAUGUUGAGGCAACAGAGAAUGAUGAUGGUGCAGACUCUAUCGCAGUACACUUUCGUCUAUGGAGUUCUCAUUCAGUUUCUCAAAAGUUCUAGACUUAUAUAA